AUGGACUACAGCUCCACGAUCCACGACGCUGAGGAUCCCGCCGGCGAUUCGCCCUGGGGUAACUCCCCUGUGUCGUCUCCAUCGCGAAACAAUAUUGCUGCCUUCAAUCCCGUCUCGGCUGAUAAUCCUCCUCCUCCCUUUCGCUUCAACACACAAUCUUCGAACGGUUUAUCCCAAGAACAGUCUACGCCUCAGACUGAAGAGUUCCCUCGUCCGGGCACUGCGACCACGGCAUCUGGCACUGAAGAUGACACUGAGGCUUCGGGGACGCUGCACCCUUCAGAGGCGCAGUCGCAGUCCACAACCGCCGAACCCUCAGCCGAGGACGCAGAACGAGUCACGGUACAGGGCCAGCAAUACGGCCAGGCUGGUCCACCAGCUUCGCAGCCUGAGCAUGAGCAGCCUCCGCAAAAACCAGCUGGACCUCAGUACAGACUCCAGGCCAAGAUCACUGGACUUGAGCGCACUGGCAAGAAGGACCCUAUUUUGCGGUUUGAUGUUCACACAAAUAUUCCCCGCUUUCGUACAACUCAAUUCCGCGACGUCCGCCGUCUGCACUCCGAGUUUGUUAAGCUCGCGGAUCAUCUGAUAUCUGCAAACCCAGAGGUCUUUGUUCCUGCAGUCCCCCCGCCUCUGACCUCCGCUGGAGCCGGCACAGAUGAGGAUGAAAUUCGUGUCAAGGCCUUGAUGCAGCGAUGGUUGAAUUACGUUUGCAGCAACGAGGUCUUGAUGCGAGACGACGAGAUGGUGCUAUUCGUGGAAAGCGAUUUUGGCUACAGCCCUAUGGUCAAGAAGAAACAGCCCGCGACAGGCGUGCGUAGAAAGAUCUUGAAGCAGUUUGCUCCGCCUCCCGACGACACCCCUGAGCUUGCGGAUGCGCGACCAACUGUUAAGCUUUUCUAUCUGGGCAGCAUGGAUGCUGGCCACAAGGUUGAUAAGCUGGUCAAAGCUCGAAGAGGUCUUGGCCUUUCUGAAGCCGAUUAUGGUUCUAAACUUACCAGUAUGCACGUCCAAGAGCUCCAUCCUGGUCUGGCCAACGCCUACCGAAAGCUUGGUAAAGUCGUUCAGACCGUUGGUGACUACCAUGCUGCCCAAGCAACAGCAGAGGCCACGACUAUUGGCGACCCGUUCCAAUACCAUUCCCAGGACGCUUUUAUUGUCAAGGAAUCACUUACCAAUCGCCAAAUUCUAAUUCGUGAAUUUCUACAAGCACAGGAGGCCACGCGCAGUAAGCUAAAUGCAGCCGAUCGCCUCAAGGCAAGCUCGAGUGUGCGUCGCGAGAAGGUAGAUGAGGCCAUCACAGCAUUGGACGAUGCUCGCCAGCAUGAGACUUGGUUGUAUAACAAAACCAACCGCGUGACCCAGAAUCUGGUUCAAGAGCGACGAAAAUGGUUCUCGAGAACCUCUGCAGAUCUUCGUUUGAGCAUCAGGGAGUAUGUGCUUCGUGAAAUCGAGGCCGAAAGGCGGACAUUGGCUCUACUAGAGACAGUCCGCCCAGACAUUAGAUCAAUUGACGCUUCAGGUGGUCUGAGCCGACUUGGUCGCGAAUCACACCCAACUGUACGUCGCUCGAGCCUCGCAGCUAGCCAAGGUCCCAAGGGCGACUCUUGGAGUGGCGUUCCUCGUCGUUCAGAUGCAACUGGUCGCAGCGUGUCAGGCAGCCUUAUCAGUAAGGUAUCAGAGGAGGGCGAGAAUGAAGAGAACACCGAGACAGGUCAAGGACGCCAGGGCGCCGGUCGUACAGGCCUCAAGGGUGUCAGUGAGGAGGAAGACGAGGAUCGAGUGGACGCCAGAAAUGCUGCGAGUCGACUGGCCGCCAGCACUUUCUAA